AUGGGGCCUUCCCCUAUUGUGAACUAUCAUGGACAAUUGGCAAAGAUCAAGCAAGAAGGAAGAGUGCGGCCCUAUGUUGAAGAGUUUCGCCACUUGCAAACAUUGGUGACGGGUUGGUCGGAAGAAGCCUUGAUGGGAACAUUCAUUGAUGGCUUGAAACCUUGGCUUGCCAAGGAGGUCAAGUUGAAGCAACCCAAUUCCAUGCAAGAGGCCAUGCGGAUGGCCGAAAUUCUGGAUGAUGGCUAUCAGUCCGAGAGGAGGAUGAUCAAAGACACCAUCAACCGGGAAGCCAAGGCCAUGCCAACCAAAGUGCCAUGGAAGGGCAAGGAUGCAGUCGGCAGCAACCCAAAGAACAACCAGCCACAAGUGAAGCGGCUGUCAAGGGAGGAAGUCCAAGACUUCAUCAAGAGAGGUUUGUGCUUCAAAUGUGGGGAGAAAUGGGGCCGAGAUCACAAGUGCAAAUCAGGGCAAGCAUUCCUAAUUGAAGUCCAAGAUGCAGAAUUUGAAGAUGCUGAAACCAACCAAUCAAGUGAUCAUGAAGAAGAGCAAAACCACAAUCAGCCAAGUCAAGUGCAGGCGGAUGAAAGUGAUGCAGAACUCUCCUUGAAUGCAUUGACAGGGGUGCCAAAACCCAGCACCAUGAGAUUACUUGCAUGGGUCGGCCGGAAUGAAGUCUCAUUGUUGGUUGACAGUGGGUCAUCACACAAUUUCAUCAAUGCAGCCAUUGUGCCUAAGUUGGGUUACAUCCUACAAAACAUUCAGCCAUUUGAAGUGAAGGUGGCCAAUGGUGAAAAGCUUACAUGCAAGGGAAGUCAUACAAGAAGUGAGGAUGAACAUUCAAGGGUAAGAAUCAAGGCUGAUUUACAUGUGAUCCAACUAGUUGAUCUUGACAUAAUCCUUGGUAGUGUGUGGCUUAGAAGUGUGGGAAAAGUGAACACAAAUUAUGAAACCAUGACAAUGGAUUUCAAGUUGAACGGCAAGAAGGAAAAAUGGACAGCAAUACAAGGACAGGAACAACCACAAGCCAUUGAAGAUCCUUGGCUACUUCAAGAAGAGAAGGAGUUUAUUUGCAUUCGGGAUGAUCUUAUCUUCUACAAGUCCAAUGUCUAUGUACCGGAUGUUCCAAACCUAAGACAUGAUAUUCUUUCCCACUUUCAUAAUAGCAAGGAAGGUGGGCAUUCCGAAUGGUUUCGAACCUAUGUCCGAAUCAAGCAUUUCUUCUAUUGGGAAGGAUUGAAGAAGGAUGUCAAAACCAUGGUGGCCGAGUGUGAUAUUUGCCAAAAGGUGAAGUAUGAUCCUAGGUUACCAAUGGGAUUACUCCAACCGUUGCCUAUUCCAAACCAGAUUUGGGAAGACAUAUCAAUGGAUUUCAUUGAAGGUUUGCCAAGUAGCAAGGGCUAUGAAGUAGUCUUAGUGGUGGUUGAUAGACUCAGCAAAUAUGCACAUUUCAUCCCUGUCCAACAUCCAUUUACCGCCAAGACCAUAGCCCAAACAUUUGUGGAGAAUAUAAUCAGGUUACAUGGAGUUCCUAGAAGCAUAAUAUCGGAUAGAGACAAGAUUUUCAUGAGUCUGUUUUGGAAGGAACUCUUUUCACUGCAGGGCAGCAUGUUGAAGGCCGGAUCAUCAUAUCACCCACAAACAGAUGGGCAAACGGAGGUCACCAAUCGAAUAUUGGAACAAUAUUUGAGAUGUUACUGCCAUGAACAGCAAAACAGAUGGGCUGAUUACUUACCAUGGGCAGAAUAUUGGUACAACACCUCAUACCAAGGAUCAACCAAGAAAAGUCCAUUUGAGUUAGUGUAUGGGCGGACACCUCCAACACUAACACGAUAUGAGAUAGGAACAACUAAGAAUUUUGAAGUAGAAAAAGAGUUGCUGGCCCGUGAAGAAGUAUUGAAGAUUGUAAAGAGAGAAUUGAAGAAAUCCCAAGAAAGAAUGAAGAAGUUUCAUGAUCGGAAGAGAAGGGAUGGUGAACUGCAACCGGGAGACUAUGUAUACCUGAAACUGCAACCCACACAGCAAAAAUCUUUGAGGAAGAGGGUCAGUUACAAGUUGGCCAAGAGGUACUAUGGGCCCUACAAAAUCUUGGAACGAAUUGGUAAGGUCGCUUACAAAUUAGAGUUACCUUACAAUUCCUUAUUGCAUCCCGUAUUUCACAUUUCAUGGUUAAAAAAGAGAGUAGGAGAUCCAUCUACUAUUGGGGUAGAAUUACCAAAAUUUGAUGAGGAAGGACGAAUAGUUCUCCAACCUAUGAAGGUCCUCCAAUGUCGCAUCAAAAGAAAAGGGAGGAACAAAAGGAAGGUUUGGCAGGUUCUCAUGCAAUGGAAGGACAUUCCAAUUGAGGAUGCCACUUGGGAGGAAUAUGAUGAAGUGGCAAGGAAGUAUCCGAAAUUCCACCUUGAGGACAAGGAAGUUCUUCAAGAGGGGGGGAAUGGUGAGGUUCCCCCUAAUUCACCUCACCAAAUCAGCCAAAUCAUGAAGGCCAAGGCGGAGCAAGAGCAAGGCUCAUGUCCGCCUAGUGGCCUUCUUUCAUUCCUUGGGGCACAACCGAGGUUCGGCCAUCCUUGGCAAGCAAGGGCUGGACCAUUGGCAACACCGACAGGGCACAGCAGCGGCGCGCCCAAGACCGCAGACCUUCGGCCGGGGCGCCACUGCAACCGAGACAACCGACAGGCCAAAAGGACCAAGCGCAAGGCAAAUCCAUUGGCCGGGAGGGCCAAGCCAGAAUUCCAGCCGCACGCAAGGAUUGGAUGCCUUUGGUCCAAGCCAUUGCGCGCGCCACACCAACAAGCCACAGAUAUCCGGACGGGCACAGGCGCGGCCAAGUUUCACAGUCUGAAUUAG